AUGAAUGAUGAAAAGAAAUUUGACUUUGGUCUCGAUCAGUCCACGGCUAGCAAUGGGUUAUUCACCGUCAUAGAGAGGAAGCCCCUCUCGUCACUCGGAAACAACGAGAGCCUGAACCUGAGCAAUCUGAGUGACCCCCUGUCCAAUUCGAUCGAUGGGGUAAAUAAGAAGGCAAAGGAUUACAGCACCCAGAAUACGGACAAUAUUUGUGAAAUAUAUCGCCUGAACACUUCGCAGCUUCUAAAUGAGCAUCCAGAAAAUACAGUGAGCAGAAUCAGUUACGUGGACGAUGACGUGUCUUCAUUUUAUGACUCGGAAAAAGAAGAUGAAUUCUAUUUCGACAAUGACAUUUCGACGCUGGGAUCAUGCUAUUCCGUUCCUAGUCCCACCAAAAUAAGUAAAGGGAAAAAAGCAAGAACGAGCAUCGUUGCGUCCGUUUCUAAGAGGUAUUCUGUGGGGAGGAGAUCAGAUGGGGGAAGAGCUUCCGAUGCGGGAAGGAGCAAGCAGAACCCGUUUUUUGACCCAACUUUUUCAAAUGACUCCCCUGUUAGUGGUAACCAGUUUGGAAAAAAUCCAGACGGUAGGGACCCCAGCAGAUACACCCAAUCAUACGGUCGUGAUGAUAGAAGAACGAGAUUAACCACCAUAGAUGCAUCGAAUGAAUCCCUCCAAAAUGAUGAGAACAGUGAGGAGGAAGCACAAUUUGGGAAGCGAAACUAUGACGACGAACUAGGACAGUCGCAGAAUAGCAACGACGAGAAGGCCAUUCGGGUAAACAAAAAUGUAUAUAGAAUAGUCAACCUUGCGAAAGCGGGGGAUGACGAUAAAGAGACUGUCAUUAGGAGGAUAGCGCAGGUGAGGAAGAGUAUGAUGAGGGAGAAACGUGCAGGCGAGGAGGGCCAUGCGGAAGGAGCCGAAGAAGCAGAAUAUGCCCAUUAUGCAGAUGACGCAGAUUAUGUCGAUCACGCAGAUCACGCGGAAGGGGAGUCUCCGCCCCACUACGACCCAGCAUGGAAUGUGUCCAAACUGAGGGAACUGCGCACGGGCAAAGGAGCACCCCCCAAGGGGGCAUUCAGGGAAGACCCUCAAGGGGAGAGAAGUAACAACCGAUUUAGCGAAGGGAACUAUUUGAGGCAGAACGAUAAGUUCUCUCGGUACAAUAGUGACAGGAGAGUAAAAUAUAUAGAGGCGAAGGACCAGGGGGGGGACGUUUACAUGCAGGGCCACCGAGGCGGUGACAACUACGGUGAGAGCGACUACCAGGAUGAAUCAUCCUACUACAGCUACGAGGGCACCGAAGAAGUGAAACCAAGUGGUGACUCCCAAUUUAAGAAGAGGAAAAAACAUAUGUUCCUUCCUAAGCAGCCCGGACAGGGCACUUCUUCCGAUGCACAGAAAUGCCUGAGAAGUGAGAACCAAGAUGAAGUGAGCCACCAGUACCUUCACGGAAAUGGAUUGCACGAGAAGAGACAGGUUAGGAGUAGCAGACCAUUUGGAGACCUCCCAGAGGAUAUAGUCGGAGGGCGAGCCUCAUUCCAAGGGAGCGAGGCCAAUGUGGAUCUGACUUGCAGCACCGAGGGAGGGAUGGGCCAUGGUGAGGAAGACACCUUCCAGAGUGGAGGAGCCCCCCAUCGAGGUCGAUAUGGAGAUGGCCAUUUCGGGAACGCACGAGAGAGAGGAGGGAGCGGCAACGGUGAGAAUACCAGCCACCGCGCCUAUCGCAUCCACCAGUACAGUGGCAUCGCAAAAGGCUACCAUCGCGUCGCGCGCGUGAGGAGAGACACUGGAUUGGGUGCAGACGGAAAUGCGAACGUUGAAGCGGAUGAGAGGUAUGGCAUCGAUGAGAGGGAGGAAGAAGGGGUGGAUGACUCGAAUCAUCAGCAAAUGAAUAGAAGAAUGCACCAUGCGAACAAGCAGAACAGACAACAGUACAUGGACGAAGAUGUGCCACCACCACGAAGCAUGCACAUGAAUGGCUAUGAUAAGACACACAAGGGGAAGUACCCCCAGGGGAACUACUCCUAUGAAGAUGAAAAAAACAUGGUGGGUCCUAAACAGGAUGAGUUAUUUCCAGGGGAUGUGUAUCCGCCUGCUCGUGACAUGCACUCAGCGGAGGAAGGAGAUGCAACCACGUAUUUUAGAAGUGCUCACAGUAGGGGGUACAGAAAGGUACGCGGAGAGGAGGAUCCGGAUAAGGAGGGGGAUGAAGAGGCCAAUUACAAAAAUAGCAUGUAUCGAAAUGGUAGGCACCCAGUGGGUAUGUGGGGGGCAAACCAAGGUAGGAUGGGCGAUCAGUACGAGGUGGACUACAGGCACCACGUGGACGAUCGGUACCACGCGGGAGACAGCUCGUUUACUGACUACCGCUACGGGAGCAGCUCCAGUAACACACACCCCUAUCAUCGAGGUGAAUACAUGAGGGGGGUUAACCAGUCCUAUCGAAGACAAGAUUCGAGUGAGAACCAGAUAAGAGCCUACCCCCGUGGGGGGAAUAGGAAGUAUGACCAAAGGAACGAUGGUGAUCCUCACGCUGGUGACGAUGGGCUUGACUCCUAUGGAGUACCUCAUGAGGGCAGCCACUAUCACAGCGGAUACAGUCCUAUUCACCAGCGAAGUAGCUAUGAAGGGGAGGACUAUUACGAUGAGGAGUUUCAUCCCCACAGGGAACCCUCAUCAGAUCAGGGAGAUUAUUAUGACCCACGUGCCAUGUCAUAUGAACACUACAGAGAGUUACACACGGAUGAUCAACAGAGGAAUGCUUUUUCUAAGAGGACCCCUCCAAACAGUCAAAAUGUUACUAAGCCGUAUUUUGACGAAGGAGCGAAUCGGAGAAGUGACAAUCCCGCCAAUGUAUCUUAUCAGCAGGGUGAAGGAAAACAUUGCACUCUGGAUGAUAAGAGGACACGUCUCAAUGAAGACGACAUGGAUGGAGAUCACCCUAAGGUUAACUUAAAUGGGCAGAGUGCCACUCCCCCCACGGUGGUCUCUGAUGCCCCUGUAUUGAGUAACAAAUCGACUAACCCUUUAAGUGACGUUAAGGAGAAUACAACUGGGGAAGCAAAUAUGCCGAAUGAGAAUGCGACCAAUGCGACCAGUGUGACCAUGGUUGGGACUACACUCCCGUUGCAGAUCGUCACGCAGAGUACCACUCAGGGUGUUUCACCCGCCGUGCAGGCAAACCAGCCAGGCAAGGAAGAACCACAGCAAGUGCAGUCACAACCGCUGGCGCAACCGCUUCCGACACAACCACCGGUGAAGCGCAAGCGGGGAAGACCCAAAGUGAAGAAAACUACCACCCCGUCGGAGGAGGCCACAUCGGUCGACCCUCACAGUAACGUGGCAUCCGCGAAAGGAAUGGCCGUCCCCACCAUGCAGCUGAAUAACCAGACCGGUGCCCCCGCGAGUGGUCCGAGCGGAAAUGUAACCAGUGAACAGAACCAUCCCCCCCUCUACAACAACAUGGGCUCUGUGAUUAACCCUCCUUAUAACAAUCAGAUGAGUAACCCCAAUGCGCACCUCCAAAUGGCAAUGGAGCACCCCUCGAGUUACCAGUUAGGAGGACCCACUCAGGUGUUAGGGCAGCCUUUAGGGCAAUUAAUUGGACAGCCUCUUGGGCAAACACUGGGGCAUCCACUGGCGGACCCGCACAACACGCAGAACCAGCUAAACCAGAUAACCCAGAUGAACCAGCUGAACCAGAUGAACCCCUUGAGCGCCCACCUGGCACAGCAGAUGGGCCUGCCGGUCGGGCAGCACCUGAACCCGCAAGUGGGACAACAUAUUGGGCAGCAGAUGGGACAGCAGCUGAGCCAGAUGCAUACCCAGAUGAGCCAACAUAUGAAUCAGCAGAUGAACCAGCACAUGAACCAGCAGGCGAAUCACCAGAUGAAGCAGCAGAUAAGCCACCACAACGGAUACCUGCUGCCAACUGGAGCGAACAACCACUUCGGUGCAAACAUGAAUGAAGAUCAGUACACCCGGACAUACGCCUCCUUCGAACCGGAUGUAGCAAAUCAUGCAGAUCCCACUUUCUGUAACAGACAUUUUGAACAAGCGAGAAACAAUCGGGACAAUCUUUCCUACGAGGGAGACGAUGGAGGAGAGUAUCAAACCAAUAAAAGAAGGAUAACCAGAUCGGAUGGUACUGGGUCGGAGGAAAGACAUUCAGAGAAGGAAAUUAAAAAGGGACAGAGAAGACGGCGCAGAAGACGAAAGAAUGAAAUGGACCAAGCAGACACACAUUAUAAAAAAAGCAGCAGUAGUAGCAAUCAAAGUAACGUAAACCAUGCAGAGAGUAAGUCGGUGGAGUCAUAUAGGAACAAAUCCAAUGAUGACAGCAACUCCAGGAGUGAGCACAGGGCCGACCAGGACUUCUCCACCUUCUUGGACGAGAACAACAAGCUCGUUUCGUACAGAGUCGCCUACAACCCCGCGGACACAGUGUGGGAAAGGCUGUCCGGUGUCAAGAUCGGCCCGCUGAUACUGACGGCCCAAAGCAGAACGACGAAUGUCAUUUUGGCCAAAAACAGAUCCAUCGAGCUCGGAAACAUAAACCACAACCUCAUAUAUGGUUACAUUUACAAAGGCGAUAACGUCAGACUGAGCAUCGGAAAGGAGACGAGAUCAGUGAAGACCGGCUCGCUGUUCUUCCUUCCCAGCUACAACGACUGCAGCAUACAUAACGAUGACGCGUAA